CCCAACCUAAGUUCAUUGUGAAUCACACCUUUUGCGUACACCGAUCUACGGACCUGUUGCUUGCGAAGGCACCAGUCCAGCAUUUGCUCCGUAUCCCGAUAGAUCUCAAGUCUCACGAAGUCCUGAAAGACAUGGGCGUAAUGCAUCGCUUCCUGCUGUUGGCAGCGUUGACCCUGUUCAUUGUGGUUGUGAAAGCUACAGAGUUCCGCCACACCAAGAUGUCAAGGCCUACAACAAGUGGCUAUGGCGGAAGGCUACUGCGUACGGCCAGGAUGAGCGAUGACGAAGCGAGGGGUGUAUUGAUACCCGGUCUCAAAAAUUGGCGAGUCACAUCUUGGAUUAAGAACGGCAAGUCUGAGGACUACGUCUUGAACAAGCUACACCUCACCAAUCUGAUAGGAAGAGCACUGACGGAUGACCCGAAUUUCAAGUACUUCCAGAAGUUUAAGGUUGAUGGUUGGCUCAAGCAAAAGGCUAGUACAACGGCGGCCUGGGACGAUCUUGGUUUGAGUACCCUUUCUGUUAAUGAAAUAACCAAGGUGGAUACGUUUAGGAUCUAUGAGGAGUAUAUCAAGGCAUUGAACAAGAAGGCAAAGGACAUUCAUUGGAGCCAGUGGUCGAAGCUUCUAGGUGGGGGAUCCGAUACGGAAAUGGCGAUCAAAGUGUCGAUUUUGACAAAAUUGGGGAGAUUGGAUGAUACAGAUAUAGCGCUCAUGGUGGGUAGUUCGGGUCUGAUCGCAUACAACAGAGCUGCCAGACAAUACGGAAAGUUUUAUUAAAUCUAAUAAUCCUACUAGCGU